AAACUUAAUUCAGGAGGAGACUUUUCUGUUUGUUGUGUUAUUGAAAGUGUAUGAAACUGAAAAUCCUUUAAUUUUGUAGAAUUGAUUAAAUGUUGCUGUAGCAAUGAAACAAAGUAAAAUCAUGAAAGCACAUUAUUUUUCUAUGUUUGCUCAGUUGUAUACCUUUUGAACAUACAGAGUCUUGUUGGAUACUCACCAUAGUCAGCAACCUCUGCUCACUGCAGGAUUUAAAUAUAAUCAUGAAUAUUUCCUUUCUUCUGUUUUCUGCUCUUCAGUUAAGGUUAUCUUUGGCAGUUGUGUCACAAGGGUUUACAAGAAUUCAAGCACCUGAAGAAGCUCUAGAGCUAAAUGUGGUUCAAGGAAAACCAAGAAAAUCUAGCCUAGAAUGUGCUUUUGCUUGUCUAUCCGUUAUCGAGAGCUUGAACGACGAGACAUAGAGAAAAUGGAGACGUUAGGAGGAAAAAUAGAAUUGUGGCUAGUUGCUCAACCAAGAUGCAGUAUUCUUGAAGAUCCGCCAAAUGGCCGGUUUGAUUGCUACAUGAACAUUACAUUAGGAGUCUAUUGUGAAAUUGAGGGAAAUUCUGCAUCUUGGAACAUUACAAUGGAAGACUUGAACUGUAUUCCUGCUUUUCAUAUUGCAGUCAUAGGAGGCACGCUGAAUCCGACUGAGACUAAAUCGACAAUGGGAAGCAAAAUUUUGAACAUGCAAAACGAGAACAAUCCAGUUGUUAAAGAUAUAAACAUCAUAGGAAGUACCAAUACGUUUAUGUUCACAAAACCGGCAGUCCAAUUUUUCAAGGGAGCUAUGAUAACAAUGGGGGGUUCUUUAACAAAGUCAGGACUGUACAUUUACACAGGAACAAUACUUGAGAAUGGGGGUAGCUGGUCGCCUUCCUUGUAUGAAACCCCUCUUUCAGUUGUGGUCCAUGAUAGGGUAUACUUAAUAGCUGGAUUCUGCAAAGAUUGCAUUCAUGGAUAUAUGAAAGAAACUACGGGAUAUCAAAAAUAUCUUGAACCAAGAAUUCCCUCUAUUCCUGUUUUUUCUAAUUGUGUUAUGAGGUAUUUAGAUAAAUAUUUGUUAAUAAUAUAUGGAAGUUUAAAGUCCCCUACACUAUAUAACGUGAUUACAGGCGAAUACACAUCGAACAAAAUUCCAAUAUACCCAGAUCAAGGAAGGCUCGACAGUCUUUAUAAUUUUGCAUGCACGACUUUUAUGGAUAAGAAUACUGGAGAAGAACUGAUAAUAAUUUCCGGAGGAUAUAUUAAUGCCGCUACUCCUGUUGCAGGAGGUGUUCAUGUCUUUACUCCAUCUUUAGGGUCUUGGAAAACUAUAUCUCAGUUCAAUCAUCCCAGACGUGCUCAUAAUGUUGUUGUAACAGCAAAUGGAGUCUUUGCUGUUGGAGGAAUUGGGGCGUUACCAGGAGAUAUGAGUAUGAAACCGAUCGAAAAGUUGAAUAUGGCAACUAUGAAAUGGGUAGUAGUAUCAAAUCUACAAACUGGAUACGACCAAGGAGUUCUUGCAGUCCCAGGCUCAAUUCUCUAAACUUAUCUUUGCUCAAGCAAAGGAGGUUAAUAAAAGAUCAAUUAACUAUAAGUUAAACCUAUUUGUGUGUAUCAAGUUGGGAUCAAGCAUUGAUCUCCAUAUCUUAAUAGAAAUUUUGUUUUUCGCUUAUAAUUAUUUUUUUUUCAUCAUUACUCCUCAUUUAUAGGUGAUCUUAGUUUAUUAUAUUUAUCGAAAUAUUUUUAUGUUUUUAUAAUUCCAAGUUACUUUCAAUACAAAGAGGGGCAAGCCCACGUAGAUCCAGGCUGCUUUGAAAGUUGCAUCAAUUUUCUUAUAUUUCGUCUAAUUUUUUUUUUGUGCUUUUGGCUCUUGGUAAAUUUUAAGCAUCAUGAACACACUUUUUACCGUGACGAUAUCAUUUUAAUUAAUAAUUUCAAAAUUAAAAAGAUACUUCUGUCUUUUUAAUAAUAAAAGUUGAAGGAUUUAUUGCUUGCUUUCUAUUUUCUACUCCUCAAAUAGCCCAUAUGAGUGAACACAGCAUUUCCAAAGCUUUUAAAAUUUGCUUUUUAGAAGAUGAAAUUAAAUUCUAGCUUGCAGGCAAAACAUAGUACAGAAUUACAGUUUCUAGCCAAUAAACGGUUUUGUUUAAGUUAAUAGAUAUUACCUAAAACUAUGAUAUUCUAAAUCUGUUACUGAUAUCAAUAUUAAGAAAUAAACAUUAUAAACAUUAUCUAUCUAUAUCUUUAUACAUCUGCUUAUUGCUUUUCCUUAUCCAUGCUUUUAAAUGUAUAUUUUUAUUAUAAGAAUAAUGACAUGCAAUUUAUAAUGUAUCGAUGUAACUUCUAGAAAAAUAUUCAUUUUGUUUUUUA